AUGUCAUUGCUUUUAGGCCUUCUCAGUGGACAGAUGAUAGAGGGUCGUGGGGUCACCGACAACAUCCAGAGGUUCUCCUCGCUGCCGCCUUACCUCCCGGUGAGCUACCACAUCCUCCGAGCAGAGACGUCCUUCUUCCUAAAGGACGCCACCCAGGACCUGCUGCGCAACUCCAGCCUGCAGACCCGCGUUGAGUCCUUCUUCACGUACCGAGCCAAGCAGCCCCCGGCGGUGAACGCCAGCUAUGGGCCUUUCUCCGUGGAAAAGGUCGUGCCUCUGGACUUGAUGUUGCCCUCGAGCGUUUUAGGUGCAUCCGGCAAGUUUGGUUUUGACUGGAAACUGAAAGCCUACAUCCUGCGGGAGAAGGUCUACCUGAGCCGGCCCAAGGUGCAGGUCCUGUUCUACAUCGUGGGCAGAGACUGGGGCGACCACAGCGCCGGGGAGAAGCUGCCGUGUCUCGGGGUCUUCGCCUUCCGGGAGACCAGAGAGGUGAGGGGCGGCUGCCGGCUGCAGGGGGAGCUGGGGCUGUGCAUGGCCGAGCUGGAGCUGCUGCCCGGCUGGUUCAGUCCCCCCACGGCGGGGCCCGGGAGGAAGAAGUCGGUGGACCAGCCGGAGGGGAGCCUGGUGGAGCUGUAUUACACCGUGCAGCCGGGGACCGAGCGAGGGGAUUGUGCCGGGGGUGACUUCAGGAAGGGCAACGCCAUCCGCCCAGGAAAGGAUGGGCUGGGGGACACCACGUCCCGCCUGCAGAGGAUCGGCACCGUCAGCCUCUUCCGGGCCCAGGACAGCGCCCAGCUCAGCGAGUUGCGUCUGGAUGGCAACGUCGUCAUCUGGCUGCCUUCCCGGCCGGUCAGACAGGGGGACGUGGUCACUGCCUAUGUCACCAUCUCCAGUAAUUCCACCGUGGACCUCUUCAUCUUGAGAGCCAAGGUGAAGAAGGGCGUGAACAUUCUGAGCGCUCAGACCAGCGAGCCGCGGCAGUGGGGCGUCCAGCAGGAGCUGGGCAGCGGCGGGAAGCACGUCACCGCCACCGUGGCCUGCCAGCGCCUGGGGCCGAGCGCGCGCAACAGGAGCAGCAGCUUCUUCAACGAGGUCGUGCAGAUGAACUUUGAGAUCGCCAGCUUCAGCAGCCUCUCGGGGACGCAGCCCAUCACGUGGCAGGUGGAAUACCCGCGCAAGGGGACCACGGACAUCGCCGUGUCGGAGAUCUUCGUCAGCCAGAAGGACCUGGUGGGCAUCGUCCCCUUGGCCACGGACACUGAAAUUCUGAACACCGCCAUCCUCACGGGAAAGACGGUGGCCUUGCCCAUCAAGGUGGUCUCCGUGGAGGAGGACAGCACCGUGACGGACAUCUCGGAGUCGGUGGAGUGCAAGUCCACGGACGAGGAUGUCAUCAAAGUGUCUGACCGCUGCGACUACGUCUUUGUCAACGGCAAAGAGAUAAAGGGCAAGAUGGAUGCAGUGGUGAACUUCACAUACCAGCACCUGAGCGCCCCCCUGCACGUCACCGUGUGGGUGCCGCGGCUGCCCCUGCAGAUCGAGGUCUCUGACACGGAGCUCAGCCAGAUUAAGGGCUGGAGGGUCCCCAUCGUGGCCAGUAAGAGGCCCACCCGAGACAGCGAGGAUGAGGACGAGGAGGACAGGCGUGGCCGGGGCUGCGCCCUCCAGUACCAGCACGCCACCGUGCGGGUCCUCACCCAGUUUGUGUCCGAGGGGGCCGGCCCCUGGGGCCAGCCCAGCCACCUGCUCAGUCCUGACUGGCAGUUCGACAUCACCCACCUGGUCGCAGACUUCAUGAAGCUGGAGGAGCCUCACGUGGCCACGCUGCAGGACAGCCGGGUCCUGGCUGGGCGAGAGGUCGGGAUGACGACCAUCCAGGUGCUGUCCCCGCUGUCCGACUCCAUCCUGGCAGAGAAGACGGUAACCGUGCUAGACGACAAAGUGUCGGUGACGGACUUGGCCAUCCAGCUCGUGGCUGGGCUGUCCGUCACCCUGCACCCCAACGUGGAGAACAGCAAGGCCAUCACAGCUGUGGCCACAGCGGAGGAGGUGCUGCGGGCCCCCAAGCAGGAAGCCGUGGUCAGCACGUGGCUGCAGUUCAGCGACGGCUCGGUGACACCCCUGGACAUCUACGACACCAGGGACUUCUCCCUGGCGGCCACCUCCCAGGACGAGGCCGUGGUGUCGGUCCCCCAGGCCCGCUCCCCCAGGUGGCCCGUGGUGGUGGCGGAAGGCGAGGGCCAGGGCGCGCUGGUCCGGGUGGACAUGACGAUCGCAGAGGCCUGCCAGAAAUCCAAGCGCAAGAGCGUCCUGGCCGUGGGCGUUGGCAGCGUCAGGGUCAAGUUCGGGCAGAACGACGCUGACCCCGGCCCCGGCGGGGAUGACGAGGAAGAGGAGAUCAAGAACCACGCCAGCGAGCGCCGGCAGAAGGGGCAGGGGCAGGAGCAGGAGCGCGUGGGCCAGGAUGGGCCCCUCUACGGCAGCUCUUCCCUGGGGCGUGAGGAGGGGGCGCUGGGGAGGGCCACCUCCACGGCCAGGUCGCCGCUGGGCCCCAGAGUGGUGAAGAACAGCCGGGCGGACGGGGGCAGGCUGCAGAACAUCCCCAUCGACUUCACCAACUUCCCGGCCCACGUGGACCUCCCCGGGGCCGGCGGGGCGCCGGGGGAGAGCGACCCGGUGCAGACGCCCCGCGGCCUGAGCGACCUGGAGAUCGGCAUGUACGCCCUGCUGGGCGUCUUCUGCCUGGCCAUCCUGGUCUUCCUGAUCAACUGCGCCACCUUUGCGCUCAAGUACAGGCACAAGCAAGUGCCCCCGGAAGGCCAGGCCACCGUGACGCACUCUCACGACUGGGUGUGGCUGGGCAACGAGGCGGAGCUGCUGGAGAACGUGGGGGACCCGCCGCCGCCCCCGCACGAGCACACGACCGUCAUCGACCGCGGCGCCGACGAGGAGAGCGGCCACCUGCUCCUCAACGGCGGCUCCCAGAAGCACGUGCAGAGCCAGGCGCUCAGGUCGGCCGCGGCCGGGGGCCGGCAGGGCCGGGGACAGAAGCAGGAGCCGCUGCACUCGCCCACGUCCAAGAGGAAGAAGGUGAAGUUCACCACCUUCACCACCAUCCCCCCGGACGACGGCUGCCCCACCGUCAACUCCAUCCUUGGUGGCAACGACGAGGACAUCAAGUGGGUGUGUUGA